AUGGAUACCUACGCCAGCGGACAAGGUAUCUCGUCCAGACGCCAUUCACAUCGCGGUGGUUCAAAAUACGCUCCACUAGAAAGCGUUGACCACCGCUUGAGUCCACCAAAGAAUGUGGUGGCGGCGGGAACACCUGAUCCGGCUCGAGGGUCGGAUAAGCUUGAUGUUCAAGAGCUGAGACGUGUAACGGAACAGUUGCAAGAUGACGUGACACAUGAACGGACUCGGCGCUAUGAGCUCCAUGGCCUUGCAAAGGAUAAUUAUAAUUCCUUAGAGCACAAUCGUUCGAACGAUCUUGCCGCUUUUGCGUUCGUGCAACUUGAGAACGAUAGUUCGACUCUUUCUCUUCGUGACGAGCCGGCUGCAGCUCGUCGAGACAUCGCUCUACUGCGUGAACAGGUCGCUUCACUAGUCGACCAGACUGGCUCAUUGAAACGGGACCACUCGAAGGUGGUCUCGGCUCUCGACCGCGGAGGCGUUCUUCGCAUCUCGAAACGGCCUCGUACUGAUAGUACGGGCGGAGAGGAUCAACGUAGAACGUAG